CCCCUCUCUGUGGCGUGUCAUAUACGCGAUACGCGACUGCUAGCGCCAUUCCCCACAAAGGAUGGUGCAUUUCAUGUCAUUGAAGGGUUGACAAAGGCAACCUAUUCAGAUCCAAUACGAGCCCCCUCCGCUCUCAAAGCCUCGCCUAUGUCUCAUUAUAGCCCGGCAGCGGUGCUAGAAUAUCCGAUGGGGUGUGGGCAGACAUAAGAGAUGUCCCAUGUGGUCAAAAGAGCGUGCGCCGGCGUCUGAGAUGCUCAAUCGCAGUUUCGUGGGGUAUUGAAAUUAGGGAGCAACAGCCCUGUCAACCGCCAUCCCUGCAAGCCUGCCCAAAACAAUUUAGGCCCUGACAACGCGCUCCUUAUUGGCGCAACCGCCAGACUCAGUGGCCCCCGACCUGGACUCUGCGUCCCAAUAUCAACACUUGGAGCCAAGCGAUCCGUCUCCCAGGACCUGACAGCGCCACGAAUCGCGCCAAACACGGUUUUUCACAGUGUGUAAAUAUACAUACGCAGCACACAUCGCUCCAGCACCGCCCGACGGCCGACCACAGCAGGGGAUCUCGGGGCGGGACCAGACCCCCGGUGGUGCGACCACCACUCUCAUACGCAAUGGCGCACGACAGGGACACGCUCGUCCUGGGCUCGCGCGAGCUGGAGAUAUCGAAGGACGAGCUGCUGGUGCGGGGGACGACGGACGGCAGGACAAAGAAGAAGAAGUCUAGUAGGACCUGCGGCCUCGGCUCGUCGGGUGCCGCGGCCGACGCACCGCAGUCGAUCCCGCUCUACAACAUCCUCUGGGCCGAGGUCUCCGACGGUGCCCUGACCGUCGACUACGCCCAGGACCUCUCCAAGACCUGCCUGCGCGCCGCCAAGCUCUCCAUCCCGCUGCCAACGACGACGACGCCGACGCCGACGCCGCCGACCGAACCGUCAGCCGACGCUGCCGCCCCGACGACAACAACAACAACGACGACGGAUGCCCCGGAAGCGGCCGCCACGGCCUGGGCGGCGCUCCUGCUCGACCGCAGCUACGACGCGGCAUCGACGCGGCGCAAGCGCGCCUACGUGCUCAUCAACCCGCACGCCGGCCCCGGCGGCGCCGUCCAAAAGUUCGAGUCCGAGGUGCGGCCCAUCUUCGAGGCGGCGCGCAUGACCCUGACGGUGGUCACGACAGCGCGGCCGGGCGAGGCCUCGGAGCUGGUGCAGGCGCUGGACCCGGACGCGUACGACGUGGUGGCGGCGGCGUCCGGCGACGGGCUCGUGUACGAGGUCUUCAACGGCCUCGGCCGCCGGCCCGACGCGCGCCGGGCCCUGGGCUCCCUCGCCGUCGUGCAUAUACCCUGCGGCAGCGGCAACGCCAUGGCCUGCAACCUGUACGGCACGCACCGGCCCGCGGCGGCGGCGCUGGCGGCGGUCAAGGGCGUGCCGACGCCCAUGGACCUCGUCAGCGUCACGCAGGGCGGCACGCGCACGCUCAGCUUCCUGAGCCAGUCGCUCGGCAUCAUCGCCGAGGCGGACCUGGCCACCGAGGACCUGCGCUGGAUGGGCUCGUCCCGCUUCACGUACGGGUUUCUGGUCCGCUGCUUCAAGCGCGCCGUCUACCCCUGCGACGUCUCGGUCAAGGUCGAGAUGGAUGACAAGGCCAAGAUCAAGAAGUUCUACUCGCGCUACCGCUCCGGCUCGUUGGGCGAGGCCCCGGGUGAGGGCAGUGGCGGUGGCGAUGGUGGUGGUAGUGGGAGCAGCAACGCCGAUGAGGGUAGUAGCGUCGAGGGCGCGGGGGAGGGGCUGCCGCCGCUCAAGUACGGCACCAUCAACGACAAGAUCCCCGACGGGUGGGAGACCUUUUCCUUGGACAAGCUGGGCAACUUUUACUGCGGAAACAUGGCUUACAUGAUGCCCGAGAACAACAUGUUCUCGGCCGCCUGCAUCGACGACGGGCUGCUGGACCUCGUGACCGUCGACGGCGACAUCUCGCCGCUCAAGUCGGUCUCGCUCAUGACGUCGGUCGAGAACGGCAAGUUCUUCGACGACCCCCUGGUCAGCUACCGCAAGGUGUCGGCCUACCGCGUCACUCCGCGCAACCAGGCCGACGGCUACAUCAGCAUCGACGGCGAGCGCGUCCCCUUUGAGCCCUUCCAGUGCGAGGUCCACCGCUCCCUCGGCCUCGUCAUCUCGCGCCGCGGCCUGUACGAGGCCCCCGGGCCUCGGGGGUGGGACAAGGUGUCGGUCGCCGAGAGGAUCAUGGCCUGACCGGGGUCGUGUUUUCUUCUUCUUUUCUUCUUCUUUUUUUCUUUCUUUUCUGAUAUCUCUAUUCCCUGAUUAGUCCCGUCUCUAAUGGGACUUUGGUCGCCAGGGAAGAAGCUGCAGGGCUUUUUUGACGGCCUAGAGAGAUGGUGAUACCCUGUUAGAGCUCUGCUUAAUUUCUUGCCCGUUAUUUUGGAUUGUACAUUAUGCGUGCAGUGAUUUUACUCGGAGCAUCCGCCGUUAGGCUUUGCCCCGGUUUCCUUGUCAUUAGCACGUUGGCGAAGCUUUAUUGCGCCUUGCUCGUCAUAUAAUUUCAGUCGAGAGCCAAAGCUGUCCAAUUGAUGGCGUAUUUAGUGAUUUGACAUUAUUUCAUAGACUGGUUAAUUAUCUUAACACUCUCCUUUUAAAAUCCGGUCGCCAACACUCUAGG